CGCAAUCCUAGCCCCUUGUCACAAACAGCAGUUAUUUUAAAACUUCAAACUCCGCCACCUCGAGACGACCAUGGCAGUAGUAACGACGCUAAGAUUGACCAAACCAAACUGACGGAUCUCUUCUUUAAUUUAGGAAUAAAACUAAAACGAUCACCCGCCUCCUCGCGCUGAGUCUCAUCCAGGUUCAGUUGUUCUCCUCCUGGUGGCGCGUAUCCAAUGUCUAUACCGGUAGUUCUCCCCGGAUCGUGUUACCCUGUAACUAGGGUUUCUUUGGGUUCUCAGUUGGCAGACUCGUCGUUCAGGAGCCGGCCGCCGCGCUGUAUAUCUAGCUCUCGCAUGCCUGGUUCUCAGUCGCAGCUGCUACCAGCGCUUCUCCCCGGCGGCCCACUGCUCUCCCUCGGAUUACUGCAGCUGGUUCUCGGCUGCUCCAUGGUCGCGCUCUCCUUCUCAGCUCUCUCCCUCAGCAGCUCGCCACCCAUCCGAAACUCAUGCCCUUUAUGGGUCGGAUCUUCAGUGAUCCUGUCAGGGAUCGUUGGCCUCACAACAUGGAGGAGACCCAUGCUGCUGCUGGUGAAUAUGUUUGUGCUGUCGUCAGUGGUGUGUGUUCUUCUCAACCUGGCCGGCUUCAUCCUCUGCUGUCAAGGAGCUCAGAUGGUCUCCACCAUAACCAACUGUCAACUGAGUGAGGUGGGAGAUGUGUGUAACUGCUGUCCUCAAACCCCCACUGCCAAAUGUCCUGAGGACAAACUACUCAAACUCUACCCUGGACACUCCUGUAGUACCAUGAGGGUCCUGCUCAAGAAGGUUCUGUUUGCGCUAUGUGCUCUGAAUGCUCUGACCACUGCAGUGUGUCUGGUGGCUGCUGCCCUCCGAUACCUACAGGUCUUCACCACCAGAAGACCAUGUAUGGAUGAUCCCAGGCCAAUUGCAGAGGAGGUGGAGGAGCCAACUAAUAUCCCUGACCCGGAUGAGUUUGUCCCCCCUGCCCCUCCCCCCUCCUACUUUUCAACCUUCUACUCCUACACACCACGGCUGGCUCGCAGGAUGUUUGGGGACAGUGUGACACCACUACCUCAUAUCUAUGGUGCCAGGAUUAAAAGAGUAGAGGUGUUCAGUCCUUUAGACCCACCCCCUCCCUACGAAGCUGUUACUGGAGGCUCCGCCCUGGCCACCGCAACACAGGAGACAGAGAUUCAGAUUCCCGUGACGGAUCUGACAGAGUUGACAGAAGAGUUGAAUAACAGCUCAGAGGCGGGUACUUCAAUUAGAGACGUUGGUCCCCAGACGACGGUUAUGGCGGUGCCCACGUCUCCGCCGUCUUACCCCUCUCCCCGAUCACCCCCCCUACUCCAGGCCAGACCCCCCCAGGGUACCCCGGUGCCCCCCGUCAGGAGGUCUCAGCGCCAGAGAAUUAUGCGAUCCUACAGUGACCCCGUACUAUUGGACCUGGCUGCCAAAGUAUUAAGUUGUGAGGUGGCCACGCAGACCACCCAGACUUCCACCCAGACUUCCCAGUCCGCACUGGCCGCCCAGUCCUCUCGGACCCAGACAGUGACCCUCCGGCAGGGAGGUAGAGGCCCUCGGCGGCCCCGGCCCUCCUCCAUGGUGGACUACCAGAGCUACAGACACACCCAGCAGCUGGUCAGUAGGUUCCUGGAUCAGCCGGUCCACUGCAGCCUGACUCCCGAGGUCCAGGAACUGGUGGACAGCAUCCGCAGCGUGCUGCGCUCUGACCAGAAACAAAUGGAGGAGGCCGUACGCUGUGCCAGCUACAUAGAACAGGUGAUCACAGUAUCAGAGAGAGCAGCUAUCCUCCAGCCCCUCUCCCUCCCCAGGCCCCGCUCCAGACCCAGUGCCCCCCUGUUGAACUGUUCCUCCCAGACCCUGCCCCAGCCCCUCCGGGAGAGACCCUGGUUGCUGCACCUCGGGAGCUGUGGGGAUCUCAGCACCUUCACCUGGGUGGAAAAGCAGCCGCUAGAGGACAGGCAGGGUGGUGGCUCUGGCUCCAGGUCCUGGUCUAGAGCUGGGUCUAGGGUGGGUUCUAGGUCGACGUCACGGGCGGGGUCACGCCUGGAUCAUCGCGAGCGCCCCCACAGUCUCAUAGGGGUGUUCAGGGAAACUGUGCUCUGAUGGAACUCUGUUAUCCCAUCUCAAAACCUCCCUAGCGAAGAAAUAAUGGUAUGCUCCACUGGGGGAAAACAGCCCAUUGACUCCAAGUGAAGUGCUCCUACUAGUGGUGAGGUUUGGGACUGCCACUGCUAAAGCUAGUGCCCUGCCACUUGAUUUUACAUAAUCAUCAGUACUCGGUCUGGUUGGCUGAUACGUGCAGCAGCAACACAGGUAGUCUGUACCUAACCACAUACUAAAAUAUCCACACAUGUCACUAGCCAGCCAUAUACUGGAUCAUGAGUUAGACGAUUGUGCAUAUUCUAUUAUGAAGUUAUUUAAUAAUUUAAGAGCAUUUAUUGAUCACAAUCAGUAAAAAAUAAAUCAAGCUAGCUAACUAGCAGUUUAACGUCAAUCAUCAACAAUGAUCAGCUGUAUCCUCACCCUAUUUUCCCAUAGUCAAUCAUGUAUUUUUCUGAUGAGUGUGUUGUUGCAAAAAUAAAUAGGCUUAUGCAAAAAAAAAAAGUUAGAAUGAAUUUCGAGAUUGAAAGUCUUUCUUUUUCUUCGACCCUGCUAAGACAGCAAUUUUGCACUGAACAAUAAGAGCUCCAUCUGCAUCUUUCAAAGGAAAUGUUUCCACAUUUGCGGUAAAUGCUAUAUAUGUCUGCUCAAUUGAAAAUUACCUUCAAAGGUCAAUCGCGCUUGAAUUUAGGCCUAACUGGAAGGAGAACUGCAUGUGAGAGUCUAUAGAAGGAAGUCUCUCUCUACACUUCACUAUCUACCCAGGAAAAUACAGGUCUACCCCUUCUGCCUGUAAUGUUCCAAAUCAUGUACAUUUGAAAUGACCAGUGAAUUACACUGGUCAUGCAAUGCUAAAUUUAGCUUCAAUUCAUUAAAUCAAACUGCAUCCUUUAGACUGGGAUUCAACCCAAUGCGCAUUAUAGAGCAGUGCACUGGACAGCGACAAUGUGCCUUUUAAAGGCAAUGUCCCUAACAUUAGCAGAGAUGCCAUUCAUGGUAAAUGCUGCUGAUGUUCCCAAGCUUAAUUACCUUUAAAGGGCACAUUGUCGGCUGUCCAGUGCAUUGCUCUACAACAAGCCUUGGAUUGAAUCCUGGCCUUUAAAGGCAACGAAAGGUGGUCUGUGUGGUCCAGUGGUUACAGCCGCUGACCCCGGCACACAUGUAUGCCAGUCGGCAUGGGGUCAAAUCUGGCCCACUGCCCUUUAACUCACUCUUCCCCAUAUUCCACGCUGUAGUACCUCUUCAAUAAAGAAAUCAAAAGGACUGCCACACUCUUUUAA